UUUGUGGUGACCUGCAAACCGUCCCCACGAGGCCAAAGGAUCAGUGUUUUGAGAUGCCUAUCCGCAUGUUAUGUGGGGACAUUGCAUCCUUGCAAGGACAGAAAAGCAAGGACGCAUACACAAAUAAAAUGAAGAAUAACAGUUUUGACACACUGCUUGCAGUAGUCAGCGCACAGAAUGUACCUUGAUUUUGAGUAUCACAUGCAAAGAAUGAGACACAUUUUUACAUUAGCCUCUACCCUUGUUAUAUUGUUGUCGUGUAGAGGACAAACCACACACCAGUGAAUUUGAAUAUUUGAUUUCAUAUGUGAACAAACACAUAGCCACAAACUUUGUCGCUUUGGUCAUGUUCAGACCAGACUCUGAAUGUCAGGAAGAAAACUGUCUUAACAGCAUAAUUCGAAACGAUUAGUAACAUGAAACUUGCCAGCUUCAGACCGGCUGGUGUGCGACCUGAUUGGGUGAGGCUGCUGUCAGUCAGGAAGAGUGUGUGUGGUGGAGGCUUUGUGGCCAGAGCCUAAGGAGGCAGCGGGAACAGUGAGAGAGGAACCAGGCUAGCUGUCAGGAGGACACACUCUACUCCUGUCCUGAACGAGGCUCUUGGCUCUGGCAUGGCUCUGAUAGAGCUCAUCUUCACCCUGGUAGGGGCCUGCGUUGUCCUGUUCUGCUGUGCAAGGCUGGCACAUGUGCUGAUGAAGCUUUAUCCGAGGGUCUGGUACCCCCUGCCUGAGAACUUUUUUACCUCAAUGGGAAAAUGGGCAGUGAUCACUGGUGCAUCAGAUGGAAUAGGAAAGGCUUAUGCACAAGAGUUGGCGAGGCAUGGGCUGAACGUGGUGAUCAUCAGCAGGACCAAAGAGAAGUUGGACAGACUGGCGAGGGACAUAGAGGUUAAAACGGGGGUAAAAGUCAUAACUAUUGUCACCGACUUCACCAAAGAGGAUAUUUAUGGAGUCAUCAAAGAGAACAUUCAGGGUUUGGAUGUGGCUAUUUUAGUUAACAACGUGGGCAAGCUGCCAACCUUUAUACCCUGCAGACUACUUGAAAUAGAUCACCUGGAAGAGAAAAUGUAUCAAGUAAUCAACUGCAACGUCAAAACAACGGUCAAGAUGUGUCGCAUCAUCCUGCCUGGAAUGGUGGAAAGGGGACGGGGCAUCAUUCUGACCGUGUCCUCCGGCAUAGCAAAAAUUCCUUGUCCUAUUUACACUCUAUACGCAGCUACGAAGGUUUUUCUUGAGAGGUUCUCACAGGGUCUCCAAGCUGAAUACAGAUCCGAUGGAAUUCUUUUUCAGACAGUGUCUCCUUUUGGAGUCUCCACAGCAAUGACGGGCUAUCAGAAAACAGACUUCUUUACAUUCACAGCGGAGGAGUUUGUGAGGAACUCACUGAUGUAUCUGAAAGCAGGAGAACAAACAUAUGGCAGCAUCGUCCAUGCAGUUCUGGGUUGGGUCAUUCAGGCCAUCCCCACCUGGGUUCUGAGAAGUGAAGCGUUUCACCACAACUUUCAGGAGUUUGUGAAGAAGAAAAUGGACAGCUGAGCGCUUUUUCUGUACUGCAGCCUUUCAAUACAGCAGUUUAUUUUUUCUUUUGCACUAGUAACUUUAGUUUGCACUAGAUGAUGGCAUUGCUGUCCGAGAUGCUCCACUGGGGAAGCCAAAGGUCAGACUGACAUAGCAUUCGUUCACCUUAGCAGCCACUUAAGAUGCUAGAAUGGAUACUUUUCACCCAUAGAAUUAUCUCAGAAUCUUUGCACUUCCCAUGAGGAUGAUCAGUGGAGCAGGGCUGGGUGACCCUGCUUCUUAAUUGCUCCCAAGAUGAAAGAGACAGAGUGCACUGAGAGAAACAAAGAAAGACAGAGAAACAGUCCUUUCAUAUUUGUUUCAAGAAAAAUAGCAAUUAACCAAGCUAUCAUGAAAAUCUGUAAUGCACACUUCAAGCUUGACACUACAUUUCAAAGGUUAAAUAUAUAUAUAUAUGCACACUCACCGGUCACUUUAUUAAGUACACUUACCUUGUAUCUACACUCAUUGUCCGUUUUAUCAGCUCUACUCACAUAGGUGCACUUUGUAGUUCUACAAUUACAGACGGUAGUCCAUCUGUUUCUCUGCAUACUUUGCUUCUUCAGUUUAUUAUUGGAGCUUAGAGGCAACAACCACUAGAAGUCAAUAGUCACCCAAAUCUUUACGGUAAAUACAUCCCCAUAACAUUUCUCAACCUGCUCAAAGCACAUUUAGCUCUUCAUUAAGGUUGUCCAGGCUUGGUUUAGAGCAAGUACGACACACUGUGAAUUUAAAAAAUAUAUAUUUUAAUAUAACAUAAAUUGUAAAAAAUGACAUUUUAUACUACAGUGUUGUGCUGAAUUUCAACUCCCCUGCAGAAUCCAGCUCCCCGUUGCGUACACACACACGGACUCUAGAUUGUGUUUGCGAUAUCUGUUGUUUUUAGCAGAAAUAACAAACAUAAGCCAUGGCUUCCAUAUGUCUGCGUGAUGUGUGCAUAUAAAACUGCUGCCUGCUGUUCUUUCAUACAAUUUACAGUAAGUCCCACAUCAGAAAGUCUGCUUGACCUUAAUGAAGAGCUGGAUGUGCUUUAAGUAGGUUGAGAGAAGUUUUGCCGAUGCAUUUACAGGAAGGAUUUAGGUGAUUAUUGACUUCUAGUGUCGGUUAGCAACAUCAGCCUCAUAGCAAGAGCGCUAAACUAAAGAAGCAAAAACGUCUUCACUGAUCAGCAACAUCUAGGGUAACGGAAAAGUGUCAAAAUCUGAUUUUUCACCAAAUCUUUCCUUUAAUCACCUCAGUGUCACUGCUGGGCUGAGAAUAGUCCACCAGUCAAAAAUAUCAAGCCAACAGUGUCCUGUGGUCAGAAACUGACUGCUGAUGAAGGACUAAAGGAUGACUAACAAUGUCAACUGUAUAGCAACAGAUGAGCUAUCAUCUCUAAAUUUACAUCCAUGAGGUGAACCACAAAAUAGAUGUGUCUAAUAGAGUGGACAGUGAGUGGACAGUGAGUGUUUAAAAAUUCCAGCAGGACUGCUGUGUCCAGUCAUACCAGCACAACACACACUAACACACCACCACCACGUCAGUGUCACCGCAGUGCUGAGAAUGAUCCACCACCCAAAUAAUACGUGCUCUGUGGUGGUCCUGUGGGGGUCCUGACCACUGAUGAACAGCUAAUAAAUAAUACAGAGAAACAGAUAAACUACAGUUUGUAAUUGUAGAACUACAAAGUGCACUUAUGUGGUAAGUGGAGCAGAUAAAAGAGUGUAGAUUCAAGGAAAGGGGGUCAGUGAGUGUAUUUGUUAUACAGUGUAGGUUUAAAUAUUCUAAACUAGAUAUUAGCUGGUAUUUUAGAAGCUUUAUUCAGUCUUUCAGGAAUUUUAAGAACAACAAGAAAUUAUAGUAAUAAACUAAUUGUGUAAUCUAUUUAUAAUCAUUUUUCUGUCUCAAUAUUUCAUCACCACUUUUCAAAUUCGAGGCAUUCUGGAUGUUAAUGUUCUCUUUAUUCUCAAUGUUGUACAGCUUUCUCAGUUAUUAGACUUUUCUUCAGCUCUUCAUCAUUUGGACACAUCAAAAAUAUCUUUAGUUACAGUUUCCGGUCUUCUCACUACAUUAGAUUAUGAACAUCAUUUUAUAUAUUUACAGUCGGAUACAAGUUAGAACACAAUUUGUAGUUAUUGGCUGAGUUUAACACAGUGGGAAAAAAAUGAAACAUAAAAUAGAAAAGGUGCCGUAACUUUUGCAUAGGCUACAUUUCAUGUUUUAAUAAGUUUCCCCAAUAUGUCAAAUUCAGCAAAUAAACAGUAAUUGUGCAUUAAAAUGUGCAGCAGUGUGUUCACCAUAGAGGAUGUGUUAACAUCAACAACACAUGUCAUUUGACCAGGGGUGUCAAAAGUUUUGCAUACAACUGCGUCUACAACUUAAUGUGGCUUUAUAUUAUUGAAAAUGCUGAUUCCAAACUCUUGAAUGAUAGUCUAUGAGAUGAAAUUACAGUGGGACAGAAUUAUAAAGAUACAUGGCUCCACCUAGUGGACACAUCUGCUCUCAGCUCAAAGCCUCUGUCUGACAUUGAGAAGCUCACUGUCAUCAGCAUCAGACCAAAUGUGACUCUGACCUUGACACCCACCUUAGAUUCAUUAUCCAGCAGAGACAACAUGCUGUCUUCGUCCUCUUGGAAUUAUAAGGUUCUACCUGACAUUUUUGUCAAAACUGAGUUAUUCACAUAGUUUCUGCCAACUUCUAAACAUUAUGUGAGAUGUUUUUUUUAAGGUGUGGGCAUUUUUGGACUCUUUAUCUAGGAAAACAAAAAGGUUCUAUUUCCAUAGUCAAACUCUAAUAUAGUUCUAUAAGGUUCAAUCAGCACUUUCAAUACACACAAGAAGACCAAUCAGGUUCUGCUUCUUUAUCAUGUCGCCGCUCUGCUCAGUGACUACGGGAAAAAUGUAUAAAACUUUAUGAAACAUAAAAACAUGUUGCUGAAA